UUCCGGCAACUAUUCCUCUUCGAUAUGGCGUACAGAACCUUAGACAUCAACCUGAUCUCCGCAAGUGACCUGAAGAAUGUUAAUCUCGUUAGCAAGAUGGACGUCUAUGCCGUUGUUUCACUCGCCGGCGACUCCUCAAACCACAAACAGAAGGUUAAGACCACCGUUGACCGUGUGGGCGGCUCCAACCCCAGCUGGAAUUUCCCCAUCAAGUUCACCGUCGACGAGACGUUGGCGCAGCAGAAUCGCCUCCUCCUCGUGGUCAACCUUAAGUGCGAGCGCACCCUCGGUGACAAAGAGGUCGGUGAAGUCAACGUUCCGGUCAAAGAACUCCUGGACUCGACGGGAAACGGCGGUUCGAUGAAAUUCAUUAGUUAUCAGGUGAUGAAGCCGUCGGGGAAACCCAAAGGCAUGCUGAAUUUUUCCUAUAAGUUUGGGGAAAAAUCGGUGGAGGCGACGGCGCCAUCAGCGCCACCAGUGGUGGAGAGCAAGGCGGAAAAGCCAGUCAACGCCUAUCCAGCUACGGUGGCGGGAUCAAGUUAUCCACCUGUGGCAUACCCACCACCGCCAACGGCUUAUGCGUACCCGCAACAGGCCUAUAGUGCUUACCCUCCACCGCCUCCAGCAGGUUAUGGGUACCCACCGCCCCCACCUCCUGGGUACCCUUACCCAGCCCAAGCGGGAUACGGGUACCCACCGCCGCCAGUUCAGCAACCGCCUAAGAAGAACAAGUUUGGGUUGGGGUUGGGAGCAGGGUUGAUAGGCGGGGCGCUUGGAGGGCUCUUGAUUGGAGAUCUGGUGUCCGAUGCAGUGGCUUACGAUGGCGGAUAUGAUGCAGGAUUUUGUGAUGGUGGGUUUUGAUCCCAUUGUUUUGUCAUACAUUAUAUACGUUGAGGUUUAAUUUUGUGUUUUUAAUAAUAAUAGAUUGUUGUUUGUAUGCUUGGAACGUUACUCUCGGAUCCUCUAUGAAUUUUAAGAUUAUCUUUUUGUAACAAUAAAAAAUCUUUCUCUGCCUU